AUGCCCGUUGACUACAGCAAGUGGGAUGCCCUGGAGCUCAGCGACGACAGCGAUAUCGAAGUGCACCCAAAUGUCGACAAGAAGUCCUUCAUCCGCGCAAAACAGACCCAGAUCCACCAAGAACGGAUCAACAGAAAACACCGGGUCACAACACUGAAGUACGAGAGAGUCGUCAACGAGGGGUUGCUAAGCCGUAUCGACGCCCUGCUUAAGGCACUGGACAACCACAAGGCAGGGAUCGAGGGCAAGAAAGAGGCCUCGGAUAUCGAUGAAGUCGUCUUCGAUAGCCUGUCAGAUGUUGUGGGAGACUCGAGUCUGGGAGCGGACCAGCCUCCCGGCGCUCCUCCAGUCGUACACCCCAAGGAACAGCAGCCGAGCUACAGCAAGAUGAUGGGAGCAUUGGUUGACCAGGUGAAAGAGGAGAUUGAGAAGAAGAAAUUAGAGGGCUCCGCGAGAUACUCAGCGUACAUCACAGAAGUCAGCAAGCACGACGAGAAGGUCAAGUCAUUGCAGAAAGAUCUCAAUACAGAGCUCGCGAAGCUGGAGAAGGAGGACAGCGGCAAGAUCACAAGCGAGUCAAUCCAUGAAGGUUUCAACAGCUCUCAUGUGUCGAAGGCAGCGUCGCAACCUACGGCGGCAGUGACUAAGACCGGCAAGAAGCAGGAGACGUUCGUUGAGCAGAUAGGAGGGGGCGGACCACGAUCUGCCGGCUCAGAGGCCGACAUCGAGGACAGCUCGCUGAUAUCGGCACCUGGCGAAGACGAGGACGACUUUGAAGCAUCUCCCACGGCGAAGCAGUUCGGAAAGAUAAAGUUUGGUGACUACAAGACCAGCCUCCAAUUCAUAGGCCAACACCCCGAAAUUUUAAUCGAGAGGGAGACCGAUGGCCUGCUGGCCGAAGCCUUCACAGCCCAGUCAACAGCCAAGAACCAGAAAGACUCUGAUUAUGCCCGCCAAUGUGUACAUCAGGCUUUGUUACUACAGUACUGUCGUCAGCUAGGCAAGGAUGGCGUGGGCCUCUUCUUCCAGCGAGUCCAGACACCAGGACAUCAAGCACGGAAGCUAUUCCUUGACGAUGUCAACACCACAUACGACCGAAUUCGAACGCGAACUGCGGAGAUUGCUCGCGAAGCUGAAGCAGAAGCUGGGGAUAGAGAACAGAUCCAGUUACAUGCGGUGGACCCGAACACCAAGAGCAACAUCGCAACCCCGCCGCCGAUGGACCAGUGCCAGUCUGAAGGUGACAAACAAGCUCGAGAGAUAUUCGAUACUUUCCCACCUGGGAUGCAGAGGGCUCUUGAGAGCGGUAGCCUAGACAAGGUCAACGAAGUGCUCGGUAAGAUGAGCGUCGAUGAGGCCGAGCAAGUUGUAGAGCUGCUCGGUAACGGCGGCAUGCUCAGUAUGGAGGAAGGGGUCAUUGAUGCGACGACCGAAGAAGGCAAAAAGAGAAUCGAAGAGAUUGAGCGAACCCACCAGAUGCCUGGUCAGGGCCGAGUUGAGGAGGUCGAGGAGUUGGACUAG